GAAGCGUUUAUAGGCAAACAUCUGGCAUCUCCUUUGUUGACAUCUCAUUAGUAAACAAACAAUUAUUUUAGAAAUAUUCGAUUGGCGAUAUAUUUUUAUUUAUAUUGUAUAUAACUAUAACUUGGCAUAACUGAAGUUACUAAAAUUAACUUUCAAUAACUCAUGCUGCGUGCUAAACUUUGCUUGAUUGAAGGUUCAAUUUCCAGAGAUUUCAGUAAACGACUGUAAACAAAGUUUUUUUUUGAAAACUGCAGCUUUCCAUUGUUUCCAACACUAUUUUUAAUGAAAUGAGUGAAAAUGAUUAUGAUGACUGCCUGCGGCCAAGAAAACGCAGCUUGGUUUGGCACUUUUUCGAAAAGCUAAGUCGCACUCGUGUGCGCUGCCGCAUGUGUUGCCAUGAACAAAAUUAUCAGGGAACCACUGGAAACAUUUUAGCCCACUUGAAAUCUAAACAUGAACUGGACGCCACCAUUAAGGGACAACAAUCUCCGAAAAAUCAGGAACGUUUAAGAUUGUUAUUAAAUAAUGUGGCCUCACUUACCAUUCCAAUAACUGAAAUAAAAAUUGAACGUCGCUAUUCAAAUAAAAAUUCUCUCGGUGAAUCUCAAGCAUAUAAAAUAACCCCAUAUGAAGAAGAUACAAGCGAUGUACCUGUAAAACCAACUGCAACAAAUACAGUUCUACCGGUGGAAGAGCCCUUCGAGGAAUAUAUGUGUGAGGAUGAGCUCUUGCAUGAUCCGAAUAAUGAUGAUACCUGGGAUCCUCCAAACAUUUCCGUAACCUCAAAGAACAAACGAAAAACUAAAUUAGAUGAUGAACUUGUGGCUGCAGAGGCUGAAUAUUACCGCCAAAAGGCCGGUUAUUUUAAGUUACAAAAAUUUUUAACAGCUUUACAGGCGAAAAAGAUAAAAAUCGAAAUAGAACAGUUGAAUCAUAAUAACAAUAACAAUAGCUCCGUUUAGAAAUAUAAUUGAGGAACUACUUCAAUUAACUAGCAUAGAACUAACUAUUUGUAAAUUUAAUUAUAAUAAAGUUUCAUAUUUAAGUAGA